AUGGUAUCUGCACCGUCAUCAUUCGUGGCGUAUGCAGCAACAACUACUACUCCUUCCUAUUUACCUGCUAUUCCUUCCAAUGUCGUAGCCUCCGCUAUUUCGACUCAGACAAAUGUCAGGGUAUAUGCUGGUAGUAGCGCCAAUGAUAUCAUUUCCAAGCCAAGAGUAAUUAUCACUCAAUUACAAUACCAAGAAUGUGUUUUUGUGGUUGAAAGUUUAAAUCCCAUUGUAGAUUCAUCAGGGGAGAAAUGGUUAUUGAUAAACAUUCCAAUGCAAACAUCUGUUAAUCAAGAUGGCACUACUUCAGGUGUUCAAGGAUUUGUUAAAAGAGAUGCGCUCUAUAUUCUUGUAACUUCAACUUCAAAGAUUAAGUCAUCUACAAAUUUGAUGGUUGAUAUUUGCCCAACUAUGAGUGAUAUCACUUCACUUACUUCAACAGAUUACUCCAAUUCAAAAUUAAGCAUUGUGAAGAGUAUUACUGCACAAUUAUUCAAAAGAAGAUGUAGUGCAUCUGGAUGUACUAAGGAAGAUUUAAUUUUCAAAUUAUCUUUUGGAACUCUUCUUUACUAUGAAACAGCAGACAAAUCUGAUGGAUGGAGAAACGUAAAAAUUAUCACUGGAAAUGGAACAUUGGACUCUUCACAAUCAUUCAACACUCUCUUUCAAGAUGCUUACAUUCGAGAGAGUGAUAUUACGACUUUUAAAGAGUCAUCAAGAGAACGAAUUUCUGCAGUUGUAAGACCAGAUCCAGACUCUACAAAUUGGGAUCAACAUCCUAUUACAAAAUAUGGUUUGCAACUUAUAGGAUGUAAAUAUGCAUUGGGAGGAAGAAGCAUGUUCGACAUCAACUCUAGUGAUUACACAGGCAUGGAUUCAAGUGGACUUACAAGCCUUCUAUACAUGGUUACUUUUAGCAAAAGAAUUCCACGCAGUAUUAAUGACCAAUAUAAGGCUGCUGAUUCAAAGAUAUCCAUGAAUGGUUUUCAUGUUGGAGAUUUAAUUUUUCUUUCGAACACGACAUCAGAUUCAAUGACCAACGUGAUGGUAUUCGCAGGAAAGGACUCUCAAUCGAAUGAGGAGUUUAUUAUUGAAUCAACAGAAAAUGGAGGUGUAAAAAUUAUGACCGUAUCACAAAGAUUGGGAGUCAAGUCUAUCCGAGGUUUGUCAAGUGGAGACUCUGUUUUGAAUGGAAAGUUCAAGUUUUACUAUGCCAGCUUCUUUGAGAGAUCUAUCCAGGAUGAGAGAUUUAUAAUUGAGCUUCUGUUAUAUAUCUUUGUAUUAGGAACUGUUCUUCUUGCAAUUAUGUUUAUUGUAACCAAACAUGUUUACAAAAAGAUCAAAAUUUGUGUGAAAGGAUCUGUGGCUGCGCGAAGAUACAGUAACAUCUAA